AUGAUUGCAUUGACAAUAUUUCCAUUCUUCUUGUUAUUCUCACUAUUAGCAUCAUUUCGUGUUUCGGAGGAUGUACCAUAUCAGAGCCUAAUAGUAUCACAAUCCAUUGGUGAUUUUGGUAAUAUUCAACAGGGAAGAUUUGUAAAUUCCUCUUCGAAUUUAUUUUGGGAAUGGAGAAAUUUUACUGACAAUUUGGGUGCUAGUAUUGCUGGUAUUACUGUUUCAACUAACUAUGAAAAUAUUGCUAUUGGUAUGAUGAGUAAAAUGGGAAUCUUAUCUUCAAAUGGUCGUUACUUCUCAGUAUUAGCCACCAAUCUUACUCGCUGUCAUUAUGCGAUUGUAUUUCCUGCCAAACAUAUGAUAUUAUAUACAGAUGCUGAUGAACAUAUCUAUCAAGUCGAUCUCACUACCAAGAAACAGACAGUUUUGCUCAAUCAUGUUGGUGGAUCGGCAGGUACUCGUGGUCUAGUGUAUGAUUCGAUCAAUAAUUGGUUAUAUUUCUCUGGUGUACAACUAAUGCGUAGUCGUUUAGAUGGUACAGAGUUACAGAAUAUAACUCGAUAUUUAAAUUUAAACUAUGAAAAUCCUGGCUUUCAAAUUGCACUUGAUCACCAUUUCGAUUCAAAAAAUCCACGUGUCUACUUAGCAUUUAAUGGCGGUCUUUACAUGGUUAAUGCUGAUGGUAGUAAAGAAAAAUUAAUAUAUUCAUCAUCAGUCGAAACCAAUUACACCGGUCCAUAUGGCGUAGCUAUUGGAACAGAUCCUGGUGAUGGUCAACGAUAUAUAUUUUGGUGUCGAGGUCGUCGAGAAAAAGAAGCCUAUCUUGAACGUUCAAUACUUGACAAUGAUGGACAAUUAAGAACAAUCGAAUUGUUAUAUCAUAGUUCAGCUAGAGUCGGCCAAUGGCUCUAUGCCUUAGCCUUAGUACCAUGGCGAUUCUAA